AUGUGUUUGGAUAAAAGACGUGAAUCUGGCAAUACCACUGGAAAUGCGUCGUUACGGGCUGGAUGCCUCGAUGUUCUGUCGGGAAUAAUUAGGAGCUGUGAUAAAGUUGAACAAGCAUAUUCGCUCUUCGAUCUUCAUGGCACAGUUUGUAAGGGAAUAAAUGAUGACUUGGUGCGUGCCAUUCAGCAUUAUGCUGCCGUCCUUAUUUUAUAUAUCACGCUCGACGAUUUGGAAUCAGAUGUUUUGUCAUCACUAUUUUCUGAUAUUCACUCGCAACCGAUCAUUGUCGUCGUUUUUGAUCCCGAUUUUGACGAUCGUAACUCGGAAUCAAGACUCUUACUUGUCAGCCGAUGCAAAGAGGGCUUGAAACGAUUCUUACCUACAAUUACCAUGUCAUCUAUUGCUGUUGUACUUGCUCCCUGUGCUUCUUUAUGGAUACAAGAGUCAGAGAAUCGAGACUUUGAUGAAUCUCGCCGGGCACAGCUCUUGCGGCAAUCGUUCUUGGAUGCUUUUUCUCAACUGGAAUCUGGAAUUGCACAACGCCAGUCACUUUUCCGCUNUUUUACGUACUUCAUAUAA